UGAGACAGGACUAAACUCGUGAGAGCGCUUUCUCCAGGGACAGUUGCUGAAGCUUCAUCCUUUGCUCUCUUUCUGUAAGUCAUGGAAAAGUUUGAAACAUUCUGUCUUCGGUAGAGCUCAGGCCGACAGUAGUUCAUUCGCCAGUGCACUUUUCUUAAUAGCUAAGCCUCUGUAGCAUCUGUCUGGCUUUAUUCUUCUCCAGACCUACUGCAGAGCCAGAUAGCUCUACGACGUUCUCAUGAGGAUUGCAGGAUCCAUCGCUUGCUGCUUUGGCCAUUUCGGAUUCCAGCUUCAUUUUUAAUUGUUUAUGUUACGCUGUAGAUAGUUUUACGGGAACAUUGGUACAGGAGUAUUUAGUAAUGUGUGGAUUGGUAAAGGUCUCAAGACUUUUCUUAGAAUCUGUGAAAAUCUCAGUGCCUACUCAACUUCAGUAUGACUGGUGUGUAGGACCACUGAGGAACGGGACAAAGGAGGGCUCGCUGUGCCCAAAGGCGUUUGUGCUUCAUCCUAAGCACCGGUGUGACCUUUGAACCUCUAGAAAAGGAGAGCAGCGCAGUCACAUGGGUGCUUUGAUAGGAUCACUGCAGUUGACAUGGAGAAUGGAUUAGGGACGGUGGAGGCGGCAGUGAAGGGCACCUUAAAACCCAGCUUCACCUUCGUGACUUGUUUAACUCUGUUUUUAAAAUGCUCAAUUGAUUUUACUUGAGAAACAUCUCUGGAAAGUCUAACAUCAAUGAAGAGGCUAUGAUUAAAAGUUUAGGCUAUGGAGCCAGACUGCCAUUUGACCUUGUAUGAAUUACUUCAUUUCUAUAUGUCUCAGUUUCUUCAUUUGUAAGGUGAGAGGAGUUGCAUUGUAGCAGCUACCAUUUUAGCAAGUAUCAAAUCUAGCUUAUAGAAGACAAUUAGAAAGUUUCUGACUUCUUAGUAAAUAGUAGCUUUCAUCGUCAUCAGAAGGUUUCUGACUUCUUAGUAAAUAGUAGCUUCCACGGUCAUCACCAUUCAAUGCACCCUCUUAUCCUGACCCCACGCAGCAGGGAAGUCAGGAAGACGGGAAAAUGACGGUAACUGGUCAGGAGCUUGAACCUGCUCCUCACAGUCCCCUAAGAAGACGCACCAGAAAGGAGCCCUAAGCAGGCAGGAGACUCCAGGCUGAGGCUAUUUCUGCCGUUUCUAUGGAGGAAGUUCUCUACACGCAGCCAUGGCUGCUCAGAAGCGGCGUGUGCAUUCCAGGAUGCAAAUAACCCUCCUGGCAUUCCCGGUGGCCGCCUGCCUAUCCCUAAUGAUGGUGCGUGAGCAGUACACUACAGCCACAGAAGGCACCCACAUAGAGAGGCCAGAGAAUCCGUAUGUCUACAAAAUUGGCAUUUAUGGCUGGAGAAAGCGCUGCCUCUACUUGUUUGUUCUUCUUUUACUCAUCAUUCUCGUUGUGAAUUUAGCUCUUACAAUUUGGAUUCUUAAAGUGAUGUGGUUUUCUCCAGCAGGAAUGGGCCACUUACGUGUAACAAAAGAUGGACUGCGCUUGGAAGGGGAAUCAGAAUUUUUAUUCCCAUUGUAUGCCAAAGAAAUACACUCCAGAGUGGACUCAUCUCUGCUUCUACAAUCAACCCAGAAUGUGACUGUAAAUGCGCGCAACUCAGAAGGGGAGGUCACAGGCAGGUUGAAAGUCGGUCCCAAAAUGGUAGAAGUCCAGAGUCAACAGUUUCAGAUCAACUCCAACGAUGGCAAGCCACUAUUUACUGUAGAUGAGAAGGAAGUUGUGGUUGGUACAGAUAAACUUCGAGUAACUGGGCCUGAAGGGGCUCUUUUCGAACAUUCAGUGGAGACGCCCCUUGUCAGAGCCGACCCAUUUCAAGACCUUAGGUUAGAAUCCCCUACUCGGAGACUAAGCAUGGACGCCCCAAGGGGUGUGCAUCUUCAAGCUCACGCUGGGAAAAUCGAGGUGCUUUCUCAAAUGGAUAUUCUUUUUCAUAGCAGUGACGGAAUGCUUGUGCUCGAUGCUGAAACCGUGUGCUUACCCAAACUGGCGCAGGGAACGUGGGGCCCCUCUGGCAGCUCACAGAGCCUCUACGAAAUCUGUGCGUGUCCAGAUGGGAAGCUGUACCUGUCUGUGGCCGGCGUGGGCACCACGUGCCAGGAGCACAGCCACAUCUGCCUCUGAGCUGCCUGCGUCCUCUCGGUGAGCUGUGCGGUGCCGGCCCCAGAUCCUCACAUCCAGGGAACAGCUGCACGUCGUGAAAGACCGAGGAAGCGUGGAUGGGAAGUAAACGCUUCCAGAGGAACUCGGAAAAACAAAUGUGCCAGUGAAAAAGUGUUUGGACAAAACUACAUGAUCUCCAAAUGCACGUGGAUGUGAGACACAAAAGUUGAAGAAAUGGAAAAGCAAUGUGUUUUUCCACUAGAUUAAUUUUCACCAGAACAAUUGUGAAUUCUGCCUCGCCUCCCCCAUCUUGUCCCUGUGGGCACACACUCGGUGUGGAGUUAACGUAUGACGCUCCACUGUGGCUAUCUAACGUCCUGUUGAGAGUAGCCUUGCUCAAUACUAAAAUGCCCCAAAGUUCUAUACAGCAUUUCCUUCACAGCAUUCAAACUUCACAUCCUCCCUUCAGUUCAAUGCAAGUAUGUCAGGUUUCACAAGAAAAAUUUCAAAUUUUGAAGGGUAUUUGAGGUUGAUCUGGUUUUCAAGAUGCAGUCAAAGGAAUAAAUCACACAAAAUUAAAUUUUCUGUAUAUAGUCAAUAAACAAUAAAAAUCAACCUCAUUUUUCAGAUUUCACAGUUUAAGGGUGUCUUACUUUUUUAAUGCUCACAAAUCUUUGAGGUAGGUAUUAUUUUUCCCCAAGUUACUGGUGGCAAAGGCUCAGGUAGAACACGUCACAAGAUCACAUGGUAACUACUGAAAUUAAACCAAAAGAUAACCCUCAAUUUGCAUAGCUCUUUACACUUUGAAAAAGUUUCACGUGCUGUGUCCGAAAUACCCGUCUAUGUGAUAAUUGUACAGAACUUAUCUGACAAACAAUGAAACUGAAGCCCAAAGAGGUUUUGUCUCUACCAAGAUCAAAGGGCUAGUCUGUGGUACUUGCCUCCACACGACAGACAAAAGUCUGGAUGUAACUUCAUAGAAGCAAGACACUCAGAGCUUGUAAAAAUGUUUAGUGCCAAUUGGCUAUGUAAGUUGCUAUAGAAAUCAAACAGGACACACUGAACCUCUGAAGACAGGUUCGUUUUGUGUAGGCCACCCGCUCACUUUGUAAAAUGCCUUCUAUCACAAAACGUGGUGGGAUUUGUUUUUGUUUUACUUAUGAUAAGAAGAAUCUCCAAACAGGUGUAGGGAGACCAACAGCACUGCCACUUUCUAAUGUUAUGACAUAUUAAUAACUAUAAAUACAAGUUCAAAUUCAUUUUCCAUAGUCUCAGAAUCAAGAGAAAGUACAAAAGUGAACUCUUUAUUCCUAAUGCUUAGUAAGAUGUUCAUUUAACAGCAUAGCCUGCUUAUAACAACUCCCUGAUGUUUAAAUGGCCAGAAUGCAUAAACACUUGAAACUGCAAAAUAAAAAUACAGUGCUUUCCAAGCAGUUAAGAGCAAACUCAACUCGGUGUAAUGCUCCUCACACUUCACAGGCGGUUGGGUGUUUUUACUUACAAAUUGGUAUUUACCUUUUUCCAUUUGGUUGAGUCCUGAGUAAAAACUGCUUUCUUACUGUGACAUUCCUAUUGUCAAAGUAAA